AUGCAGAGAGGAACUGACACCUGGAAGAAAGGACUGUACUGCCCUGAGUGUAAUGGUGUGUUUGACCGGAGUAAGAAAACUCUAUCAAGUUGUUGGGUGUGUACUCGUCAGUACCACACUACAUGUGUUGGGUUGGAGAAGGAGAAUGAGAAGUUUAUCUGUGGAUCCUGUCAGAGAAAGGUUCAAGAGAGAACCCUAGGUUCUAGAUCCAACCAGGGCGGAGUUAAAAACAUGGAUACGCCCUCCAGGCAGGAUAAGUUCAACUCAUCCUACAGUAAGACACCUGUUACAAGCAGCUUCUCAAGGUCUGGACGCCGAGUUACGCAAAUCAAUUUUGCAAACCAGUUUUAAACUAUUCACACUCGGCAGAAAAUAAACUAGAACUCUAAUUUUUCCAAUUUUUAAACGCAUUUAAUGUAAGCAAAUAUAAGCACUGUGGAA